UUUAUGACAUUACUCUAUAAAACUUUCAUAAGGCCUAGACUAGAAUAUGGCACAGUAAUCACUAGUCCAAUUAAGAAAAACGACUCAAAAGCUAUAGAAUCAGUACAAAACGCGUUUACGAGAAGGCUUUACAGUAGAAUGAAAGGUAGAUACAUCAGACCAGAUGACAAAGAUUACAAAUCGGCCUCGGAAAGAAAUGAAUUAUUUAAGCUCUCAACGUUAGAAAAUAGAAGAUUAGCAAUUGAUAAAAAACUCAUAUCCCACAUGAUGACUGGGAAAAUAGGUCUUGAAACGUCUGAAUUUUUCAACUUUACUGAAAAUACACGUACACGUUCGAAAUACAAAUUCUCUUGGAGCAAGUGCAAAACUAGAAUUAGGCGGCAUUUUGUUAUUAAUCGUACCUUAAGUACGCA